UGUGACGUCACAGCAACUUUGCUUCCGAGUCGGAAUGCCGGAACGCAUAAAGCGCUUGACCGUUUAUUCGCACCUCGAGACUUUGGCGAACAACUCAAGUACUCAACACCUGCAGAUAACAGCUGAAAGAUGGCGUCCACGCUAACACCACUGUCCGCUUUGAAUGUCACUCGCGUGCUCAUACCGCGCCAUAACCUCAUCCCCAAUACCUCCAUCCAACACCGGCCCCUGAUGAUUUACCAUGGCUGCUUCCCCGAAUCGACCAUGGCUUCUGCGAUUGAAUCGCACCUCAAGUCGGUUGGCGUGGUCGUCCCGCACUGGAGGUACACGAUGUACAGCAUCAGCCACUUCCACAGCACAUCGCACGAGGUCCUCUGCAUCGCGUCGGGCCGCGCGAAACUCUGUCUCGGCGGGGAGGAUAAUCCAAAGCGGCUGGAACCGGAGGUGAAGAAGGGCGACGUGAUAAUCAUGCCCGCGGGGGUGUCCCACAGGCUCUUGGAGGACCUGAGCGGCGACUUCCUCAUGAUAGGCAGCUAUCCCAAGGGAUUCAACUGGGACAUGUGUUAUGGGCGGGAGGGCGAAGAACACAAGGUAGAGAAUAUCAAGAAUUUGGAGUGGUUCACUCGUGAUCCUAUUUACGGAGACAAAGGACCUGCGUUGGAAGAGUAGAAAUUCGAGAUGAACGUACAAACGAACCUGUACUGUACCUGCAUUGAGGACUUUGCGAGAUGGGUAAUGUACGAAAUAUUUUUAGCCAGCCAGAGGAUG